UCUGUCGUCGCAAGCAACAAAACAAACCCCUGGUUUCGCUCUCUUCUUCCUCCUCCCUCUCCACCCCCCUGAUUAAAGGGCUGCUCCCGCAUCUUCUUCCCUGCCCCCCUCUCCGGGAAGCCUCUGCUUUCUACCUAGCUGAGCAAGUUGGCGCCCAUGGUGGGCGCGAGGCAUGGGCGGCUUCUUCCUGUGGCGGCCCUCCUUGUGGCCGCCUGCUUCUCCCUUCUCUUGCUACCGCCGGCGGCCGCCGUCGACGAGCUGGAUGGGAGCGGGAGGGAGGCUCAGCGGAACACCGAGCGCAUCUCAGGAAGUGCUGGUGAUGUUCUAGAAGACAAUCCUGUUGGCAAGUUGAAGGUUUUCGUCUACGACUUGCCAAGCAAGUACAACAAGAGGCUUGUCACCAAGGAUCCCCGAUGCCUCAACCACAUGUUUGCCGCUGAGAUAUUCAUGCACCGUUUCUUGCUCUCUAGUGCAGUGAGGACGGUUAAUCCUGAAGAGGCCGAUUGGUUCUACGCUCCUGUUUACACUACUUGUGAUCUAACUCGUGCUGGACUUCCGUUACCGUUCAAGUCUCCAAGGAUGAUGAGAAGCGCGAUCCAGUUCAUUUCAAAGAGGUGGCCUUUCUGGAAUAGAACUGAUGGAGGAGAUCAUUUCUUUGUCGCUCCACAUGAUUUUGCGGCAUGCUUUCACUACCAGGAAGAGAAUGCUAUUGCGCGUGGAAUUCUUCCGUUGCUACGCCGUGCUACAUUGGUUCAAACAUUUGGACAGAAGAAUCAUGUUUGCUUGAAAGAGGGGUCUAUUACAAUACCACCAUUUGCGCCACCACAGAAAAUGCAGGCCCACUUGAUUCCUCCUGAUACUCCCCGUUCAAUCUUCGUUUACUUCAGAGGUUUGUUCUAUGACAAUGGGAACGACCCUGAGGGUGGGUAUUACGCAAGAGGUGCUCGAGCUUCAUUGUGGGAGAACUUCAAGAAUAAUCCUCUGUUUGAUAUCUCCACCGAACACCCUGCCACUUACUACGAAGAUAUGCAGCGCUCCGUCUUCUGCUUAUGUCCGUUGGGGUGGGCGCCAUGGAGUCCUAGGUUGGUGGAGGCUGUGGUUUUUGGCUGCAUUCCAGUCAUCAUAGCUGACGACAUCGUGCUGCCUUUCGCGGAUGCAAUCCCUUGGGACGAAAUUGGUGUUUUUGUUGAUGAGGAGGAUGUGCCAAAGCUUGAUUCAAUUCUGACAUCGAUUCCGAUUGAUGAUAUCCUAAGGAAGCAAAGAUUGCUCGCCAACCCAUCAAUGAAGAAGGCCAUGCUGUUCCCGCAGCCAGCGCAACCUAGAGAUGCAUUCCAUCAGAUUCUAAAUGGCCUUGCUCGCAAACUCCCGCACCCAGAGACCAUAUACUUACAACCAGGUGAGAAGCAUCUCAACUGGACAGCUGGGCCUGUUGGAGACUUGAAGCCUUGGUAACAUAAAAGCUUCCUUGCAAGACCUGGCUUUGUUGAUCUUGUGAAAAGUUCUGUUUCUUUUAUCACCUUUCUCUGAGAAGUCCGAAGAUCCAUAGAAUUAUACGAUAUUGAAGUGUGUUAUAUCCUCUGAUGUCACUCAACUAAAAAUAGUGGAUCUUACAUAAACGGUUGUAACGUUGUAACUGUAUUAAUUGUAUAAAGAAGUAAAGAAAUGAAAUGAGUGUUCUUGUCA